UUUCUCCCCCCUCUGACUUUGUUUUCCACUACCCUCGUUGCUCUUCAAAAAGUCCUGGUGUGAUUUAUUCUUGUUUUCAAUUCGCUUCUUAAAGCCAUGUCUCUGUCACCUAAAACACUCUUGUCGUGUUGGUGCUGGCUAGUUUUGCGGCGUUAUGAUAUUCUCACUUGUAUCUUUACGAUCAUUGGGUAUACAAGUCUCUUCAAAGAACACACCCGACACGUCGUUCCUAGCUACAAUAGCCACCAUCCUCAGACAAAAACCAAACUCCUUCGUAAUGCAGUACUUUCGAUACACAUCGUUGCUGGACUUUUGGAAAUUUCCUUAUGGUAUUUCUUCACGCUUGUAACAGGUCAAAGACCAACGGCUGGCACAUUCGAGUUCAUCCUUUGCUUGACCCAGUCAAUUACUUCUUUGAUAUUGGUUAAGCACCUCGCUAGAGGUUAUCCGAUCCUGACUCGACCGUCUUAUCAAUCGGGAUCUGUAUGUCGGUUGGUCGUAGCGGGAAUUGCAUUAUACUCGCAGAGUCCUGAUUGGCAUGAAUCUGCCACAAAGUCCGUGAAUGCGCUUGUAUACACACGUUUAUUAAUUUUUUAUAUUGGGCCACUAAUGAAAACGAGCCACGAGGAUACCGCUUCUCCACAAGAGAUGUAUAAGUAUAUUUUCCUCGUUCCAGUGGUAUGAGUAGUAUGUUAACAAGGAUCAGCUUCGCUGUGAUUGUUGGAGCAAUCCUCGCACUCGCAGAGGGACCAAUCCGUAAUAUCUCAUCGACGUAUGUUGUUCUCGUCGUGUUGAAUGCAGCGUUCGAACGAUGGAGCUCAGAAAUGGCCACCCAACCUCAGUAAGUUCCCGUAUACAAGUCUGUGGUUAUUCUAAUUAGUUGUUAGUAUGGAUGCGUCGGAGAAGGUUUUGGCUCAAUCAUUGCUAUCCAGCGGCUUUGUGGAACGAGAAACAAUAAAUAAAGUGCAACCAGAGUUCUUUGUAGCACCGCAGCCUGGAGACGAAUACAUAGAUAAGAAAGACUCAGUCAACCACGAUAUGGAAGAUAACUAGAGAGUCCAUAGAUGGAUAGGAACUGGGCCUGGUUAUGACAG